AUGCUCAAAUUAUUUAGAAUAGAAGAGAAAUUAGAUACUGAAAAUCAGGCUCAUUCUGUUAGAUCUCUUUUAAAAAGUUUUGAUUAGGAUCAAGAGGUCAUCCUACGCGAUGUUUAAGAAAAUAAACAAUCUAAACAAAUUGAUCAGAGAAGUAUAAUGAGUCUUCUCCUGGACUCUAAAAACAGGCCUAGUCAGACUUGUAAUAUGGGGCCUAAAAUAAGGGCUAUAAGUUUUCAAAGUAACAAGCCAAUGAUGAAUCUCAAAGAGGACAGCCCAGUGUUUAUAGAUAGUCAUACUGAUCAUGUUGGAUUUAGCAAUAAAAUUUGGAGAACAAAGGCGUUAGAAAUCCUGAUGAUUACUCUGAGAUUCAUAAGUUUUAUUACAAAAUCAAACUUUGCUACCAGUUUUAAAUUAAUCAAUAAAAAUGUCUUUGAAAUAAUAGGCGAUGUAUCAGCUGAUUUUACAUAUUACCUGUUAAAAAACUUCUUUAAAUACGAAAAACCAACAGGAUUUUAAAAAGGAUAACACUUUUUAAAUUAGACCCUCUUAAUUCCAUUACGGAAAACGAAACUGCUUAAGAUAUAUUGUGGAAAUCAGAAAUUAAUAAUGAGACCUGAGUCAUUGGCUUCAAUUUGGUGGAAUAUAUACAUUCUUACCAUCUUGAAUAUUAACGUCCUUUAUGUAUCCAUCAAAAUAGCAUUCAAAUUCGAUGAGCAAUCCUAAGAUGACUUCUAUUAGGCAAGAUAAAUUAUCUUUGAUGUCUUGCCAUCGUAUUCAUUUAUGCUUGAAAUUCUUUUGAAAUUCAAUACAUGCUAUUAUUAUAAGGGAGCAGUAAUUGAAAACCGAUAUCAAAUUGCUAAAAAUUACUUGCGCUCAUCAUUCUUCUUUGACAUAUUUGUAGUGAUCCCUUACUUUAUAAGUUUAAGAUUUGAUUUGUAGUAUUUGGACUUGGUGAUCAUAUUGAAAGUGUUUUAAAUCACUAAAUUUUCCAGAAACCUUUUCGAUAGAUUAGAAUUGACAGCCAUUUAAAUUGUUAUAGUAGAUUUAGUUAAACUAGGAUAUACAAUUUUGGCAGCUGCCCAUUUUUCAGCAUGCAUUUGGUUUUUAGUGGGAUCUACUGGAAAUCCAAAUGAUACAUCUUGGAUCAAAGCUCAGAAUAUUGAAAAUGAAUAAUGGUUUAAUUAAUACCUGCAUUCUUUAUAUUGGAGCAUCAUAACAAUGACUACUAUUGGGUAUGGAGACAUUACACCUCAGAAUUUGAGGGAAAGAGUGUUUGCUGUUGGAAUGGCUUUAUCUGCAGUAGGAGUGUUUGGCUAUUCUAUUGGUAAUAUAAAUUCAAUCUACGCUGAGUGGAGUAGGCAAAGCUUUUAGAUAAGAACUGAUAUGAACAACCUUAAAAAAUUCAUUAGGAUUAAAGGGAUUAAUAAACAUUUAGCUGAGAAGAUCAGAAAAUACUUCGAAUACGUUUGGAGUGAUCAGAUGGAAGAUAAUGAUAGAGAAGUUUACAAAUUUAGUGAAAUGAUUCCAAAAUAAUUGGCUGAAGAGAUGAAAAUUGAUACAAACAUGAAGUUAAUUUAAAAGAAUAGCUUCCUUGUAAACAAUUUUAGUGAGUAAUUCCUAAUAUCCUUAUCUAAAGUGCUGAUAGAAGAGAAAUAUGUGCCAGAAUCUACGAUAUAUCUUUAAAAUGAUCCGAGUAAUUAUCUCUAUAUUUUAUCUAAUGGAAGUCUCUCCUUUUACAUCACAUUGAAUAACAAGCAAUAAACAAUCAAAGUGCUGGAAACAAUCAAAAAUGAAGGAUAAGCUUUUGGUGUUUUAGAAUUCUUUUAGUCAUAGGCCUAUCAGGUGUCUUGUAAAUCAAACUAAUUUUCAUAUGUCUUAAAAAUUGAUAAGUCUCAAUUUAUGGAAAUUAUAUCUUAACAUAAAAAUGAUUAUUAUAAAUACUGUGAAUUAGUUCAAUAGAUCUCAUUUAUGAACUAAUAAGAAUUAGUAGAUGUGACAUGCAGAGCUUGCAAUAAAUCAACACAUAUCAUACUUGAAUGCCCGUAUAUGGUGUGUGGUUACCCAAAUAGAUCCAAAGUAUUGCUGAAUUACAGAAGAAAUGUCCCCUCUGAUAGAGUUAAAUAUGCGAGAAAAUUGGAACGCAAAAUUCAAACUAGAAGAGAAUAAUCAGAUAUCUAAAAUAGUAUCUAUUUGUAUAUGUGCAAAACAUAAAUGUUGAAGGAACAGAUAGAUCAGUAGCAUUAUUCAGCGGAAAGCUAUGAUGAAGGUGCUAGCGUUGUGGAGGAUGGAAAUGAUGAAAUCCUUGAACACACGGAGAAAGCAGAUAAGGAGUUAAAAAGUAAUGCACUAUUAGCUCCAUUAAGAACAUAGAUGACAAAAUAUCAACUGUAGAGGAAAUUGUCAUUCUAAGCUUGCACAGAUGCGUUACAGGAUGAUGAAAUUGUAUUAUCUAUCUUAAAUAAUUUAUAGAGAAAUAGAAUCCUAGAAAUAAUUAAUUAGAUUUAGAAAGCAGAGAGAUCCAAUAAAUAUUAGAGUAGGUUUAAUUAAGGGUCUCAGCAAGUGUAACCGUAUCUUAGAAUCUAGAAUCAUCAAAAUAGUCUUCUGAGCAAUAAGAGUAUCUAGGAUCUUGAUAAGAGGACGGGGGAAUACUAAAGGGGUGAUCAAAAGAAGACGACUAAACAAGUGGCAAUAAAGGUCAAUGAUUUCUCAAUAGGACAGUUAUAUGCUAAUCGUAAUUUGGAUGAAGAUCCAGAAAAAAGGCUUGGUCAAUAUUUGGACAUUUUUGAAGGGUUUGAGAAAGUGAGGAAUUUUGAAUAAUUUUUGAAGCAUAACAAUGCAAAUGAAAUAGCUCGAUUAUAAAAAGUGAAUAAAAUUCAAAGAAAACAUAAAUAAACCAAUUGA